AUGGCUAAAGAAGAAGCAUCGACGACCUUAACCAGUGAAAGCUACCUCUACCUUCAUCCUGUCGAAAGCCCAGCCGUGGCUUUUGUUUCUCCUGUUCUUGACUCUACAAAUUACCACUCUUGGAGCAAAUCAAUGCUCACCGCCUUGAGUGCAAAGAACAAAUCCCAGUUUGUCAAUGGUUCGGCCAAGACACCAGAGAAGGAAAAUUCUUUGUUCAACGCAUGGCAACGAUGCAAUGAUAUGGUUGUGUCGUGGAUCAUUCAUUCAGUGUCUUCUAACAUUAGGCAAAACAUCUUUUGGAUGGAAAAUGCAGAAGACAUCUGGAAUGAUUUGAAGGCAAGAUUCUUCCAGGGAGACAUGUUGCGCAUAUAA